AGGUUUAACUUUCAAAUCUUCCAUUUUUGCUCUAUUUUGCUUUUAAUUCAUGUUAUAUGAUUUCCAUAUUUAGAUGAAUUUCUGCAAGCUUUUCUUGAUUUGGGAGAUGGGUUUUACUCAUAAAGCCCUAACAACUCUUCAUCUUGUUUCCUUCAUCCUUCUUCUUCAUUUUCUCCCUGUGUUUCCCCAAAUAAUCAGCAGAAUCGAUGAAGGUCAGUCGAUUAGAGAUGGCGAAACCCUUGUUUCCGCUGGACGAGUUUUCGAGCUUGGUUUCUUCAGCCCUGAGAAUUCAAGUCUCAGAUACGUUGGAAUUUGGUAUUACAGAAUUCAGAAUCAGAGCCGAACAGUCGUUUGGGUUGCCAACAGAAAUGCUCCAAUUUCCGGCGAUUCUGGUGUUUUUAACAUCGGAAUCAAUGGUAGCUUGAUUAUUUCCGAUGGGAGUGGUGAUGUUUAUUGGUCAAGUAGUAACUCUGUUGUUACAAGUAAUCUAACAGUGAUGCUCAUGGACACCGGAAAUCUGGCUCUGUCGACGGUUGAGAACGCCGGUGAUGAUUCAAACGCUAUAUGGCGGAGUUGCGAUAAUCCGACCGAUACUUAUUUACCAAAUCUGAGAGUUUAUUUGAACAUCAGUCGUGGAGAUAGUCAUCGAUUUGUAUCAUGGAAAAACCCUAAUGAUCCUGCAAAUGGGAAUUACUCCAUGGGGGUUGAUCCUCGAGGUUCACCUCAGGUGGUGGUUUGGAACGACCAAUCACGGCGGCGGCUAUGGAGAUCCGGCCACUGGAAUUAUCAAAUAUUCGUCGGAAUUCCACAGAUGAGAUCUCUACUUCUGUUUGGUUUUAGAUUAGUUCCUGUAGAUAAUGAUCUCAUGUAUUUCAUCUUCAAUAAUCCAAACACAACUGUUUACAUGCGAUUCUUGAUCCAAUGGAAUGGACUUGUUCAACAAUUAACUUGGAAUGAUGAAACCUCCCAAUGGAGUGUUAUGUUAUCGCAACCUUCAACCGGUUGCGAAGAAUAUAACAAAUGCGGGAAUUUCGGCAUCUGUAGAACGAUUAGCGUUCCUAAUAUUUGUACUUGUAUGGAAGGAUUCGAUCCAAAUCCCGAUUCUAGAGAUCAAUGGAAUCGCGGAAACUGGUCUGGUGGGUGUGUUAGAAGAACUCCAUUGGAAUGCAAUUCUAAUGGUACUUCUAAUGAUGGAUUCUGGCAGAGAACCGGUGUUAAACUGCCGGAUUUUGCCGACCGAUUGGUGGUUGGAAGCAGCGGUGAUUGCGAAGAUGGAUGCUUGAGCAAUUGUUCGUGUAAUGCAUAUGCGUAUGUUUCUGGUGUCGGGUGUUUGAUUUGGGGGGGUGAUCUGGUUGACGUUGAGCAAUUCGAAGAAGGCGGUGAAACACUUUUUAUUCGUCUUGCGGAUUCGGAUUUGGGAAGUACGAAAAAGGUAUCUAGAACUGUAGCGAUUGCAGUACCAGUCACCGGAGUUGUUGUUCUCGGCAUAAUCGUGUGGUUGCUAUGGAGGUAUCGGCAAAGACUUAAAGAGUGUCGAAAUCCAUGUGGAAAAGCGACGAAUCCGCCACCAGUUUUUGAGGCGUCAAAUGGCCAAGAAACUUCGGUGGAGACCUCGGGGCCGCCAGAUUAUGAAGGGAAAGCGUACGAAGGGCCGUCGUUGCCUUUGUACAGUUCUAGUUCGCUAGAAAUGGCUACGGAUGGAUAUGCAAACAAGAACAAGCUCGGGCAAGGUGGUUUUGGCCCCGUGCACAAGGGAAUUCUUCCUGGAGGGCAAGAGAUCGCUGUAAAACGGCUUUCAAAAUCAUCGGGACAAGGAUUAGGGGAAUUCAAGAACGAGAUGAUUCUGAUUGCGAAAUUGCAGCACCGAAAUCUUGUUAGAUUGUUGGGGUAUUGCAUUGAAGGAGAAGAAAGAAUGCUAGUUUACGAAUACAUGCCUAACAAAAGCCUCGAUUCGUUUCUUUUUGACCCGAAAAGGAAAGCUGAACUGGAUUGGAAAACACGAUUCAAGAUCAUCGAAGGGAUUGCAAGAGGAUUACUUUAUCUCCAUCGGGAUUCUCGGCUUCGGAUCAUUCAUCGUGAUCUGAAAGUAAGCAAUAUUUUGCUCGAUGAAGAGAUGAACCCCAAGAUUUCUGAUUUCGGGAUGGCUAGAAUCUUUGGAGGGAACCAGAAUGAAGCGAAUACAAAUCGAGUUGUAGGAACUUAUGGUUAUAUGUCUCCUGAGUAUGCAAUGGAAGGUCUGUUUUCGGUGAAAUCUGAUGUUUAUAGUUUUGGGGUUCUGCUUCUCGAGAUCAUUAGCGGCCAGAGGAAUAAUAGUUUUCGGUCUGCAGAUUCUACGAAUCUAAUUCGACAUGCAUGGAAGUUAUGGAAGGAAGGGAAAGGCGAGGAACUGAUCGAUCCAUUGAUUUUAGAUUCGUGCAAUAAGAACGAAGCGUUGCAAUGCAUCCACGUUGCGAUGCUGUGUGUGCAGUCGUCAGCCAUUCAAAGGCCAACCAUGUCGUCGGUGGUGUUCAUGUUGGAGGGCGAGAACACGAGCCUUCCGCAACCGAAUGAAAUGGAUAUGACGUCACUGAGCUCCGUAGAAAUGGACUUGAUCAUGGAAGGUCGGGAAAUCAACAUUUCUUCGAACGAUGUUACGAUUACCGAAGUGGGCGGGAGGCCGUGAGUCAUGGUGCACUAGGAAGAGUCUCGAACAGGUGACUUAACGCUUUCAGUCGGUCGUUUGUCGUACAUAUAUCAAAUACGUAUAACUUCAUGAUGUUGGUUUCGAUACGAUGUAAAGAAAUAUUUUUGUAAAUCUAGAAAUUAGAAAGAAAUCAUUCAAAUUUUGUAUGAAAUAGUUGUGUCAUGUGAUUUGACGGAAUUCAUAAUUGCCACCAGAAAGGUGUGAUU